AUGCAAAAAGCCACAAAGCUGUUUCGUCUGCAAAAGCUGUUUCGCGAAAUUCGACUCGAACGGUCCAGCAUCAAAAAUUACGACGAACAUUUUGACUCGUUCCGUCAAUUCCAUGACGAAUAUGGACGUCCUGGGUCGGAAUCAGACCAAACCGGACCAGAACCAGACAUUAAAGGAGAUGCUUUCUCAUCUGCGAAAGAGCUUGUGGCAGCCAUGGACACGAUUACUUGGGAAGAAAUCAAUAAUAUCUUGAUAUCACAGACCGAUGAAGACGAAGUGCCCAAGGUCAAUAAGUCACAGUCUCAAAGUAACACCGACAACCAAAACAAAGCGCCCAACAGGAAAGCGCUCAUCAAGGAUUUGGAGGAUGAAACGGCAAAUGAAAGCAAACCCGUGGUGUCAUCCAAAACACGUCAAAGGAAGAAAGCCAAGGCCAAUGCGCGUCGUAAGGCUAAUGCCAAAAGGGGGGUAGCUGAAGAAGAGGCAACUGCAGAGUCAACCCCCGGCUCACUUCUUCGUUGUGCAACAGUGGGAUCCAAGAAAGGAUCAGGUUGGAAAGGUUGGGAGCUUGUGGCAAUUGACAACCUCUUGACGGAAGUCAAGACUGAAGUCAUUAGCCCAGAGUCGGCCGUUAGUGGUACCGUAAGGAAAUCAAAGCGUAGAAAAGCUUAA